AUGGUAAAAAUACUGAGAGGCCCUGUGUUCCGAACAACGGUACUGGUAGGGAGAGGUUUACUGCGUUCCAAUAUCCGACCAGUCCACGUAUUAGGUCUAAGAUUUCAGACAAGCCUGAAGCCCAACCCUCCAGUUUCGACCAUAAAAGAUGUUGAGGCUCAGAAGCCCAAAGAUCCCUCAUUGGCAGGUCAGAGCAAGGAUAUUAAGCACGUAACAGAAACCGCUAUUGUAGAGACCGAAAAGAAGCUCACGUUGUGGGAAAAGGUCAAGCAUGAGGCUAAUCAUUAUUGGGAUGGAACUAAGCUUUUGGGGUAUGAAAUUAAGAUCUCUUUCAAGCUACUUUGCAAAUUAGCCGGUGGUUAUGAACUGUCGAGGAGAGAGCAUAGUCAGUUGACUAGAACAACCACCGAUUUGCUUCGUUUAAUCCCUUUUUCAGUUUUCGUACUCAUUCCAUUUGCGGAACUGUUACUUCCAGUGGCGUUGAAAUUGUUUCCUAAUUUGUUGCCUUCAACUUACGAAUCUAAGGCUGAAAGAAAUAAGAAGCGUAAGAGUUUGUUGGAUACUAGAAACAAGACGUCGAAGUUCAUCCGUAAGACAGUCCAGGAAAGUGGUAUUAAUCUCCCCAAACAGGUGACUGAAGAUGAGAAAAAGGAUUUCGUAUCAUUUUUCAAAAGUAUCCAGGAACCAGGUGAAAGACCAUCGACAGAACAGAUUAUUCGUAUCGCCCGUCGUUUCAAGAAUGACCAAGUGCUAGACAAUCUUUCCCGACCACAAUUGAUGGCAAUGGCCCGUUACAUGAAUUUACGUCCGUUUGGAACUGACGAGAUUUUACGUUAUCAGAUCAGAUAUAAGUUAUUGCAAAUCAUCAAGGAUGAUCGAGCCAUUGAUUACGAAGGAGUUGAAUCUCUGUCAAUUCAGGAGCUCCAGAGUGCUUGUGCUUCACGUGGUAUCAAAACCGUUGGUGCUUCUCCUGCAAGACUGAGGGAUGAUUUGAAGAUUUGGCUGGACUUGAGGUUGCGUCAGAAGAUUCCUUCGACACUUUUGAUUUUGAGUAGCACGUUCACUUAUGGAGAUCACGCUGAUGACCUGGACAAUUACUACGAUGCCCUGUUGGCAGUACUUUCUUCGAUUCCUGAUGAGGUUUACAAUGUUGCUAAGUUAGAGCUGGCCGACCAGGACAAUAAGUUGAAGCUGAAUGUCUUGAAGGAACAAGAUGAGCUGAUAAAGGAAGAGAGACAACAGAGUAAAUCACAACGCCGUUCCACUCCAAUCAAAGACGAUAUCAAACUAGACGAAUACGAGGAGGUGAAAGAAGAUGAAGUGAAGGAUGACGUUACUAAAGACACCGUGGAGGAGAAGAGGGAAGAUACGAACGAACAUGUCAAAGAAGAACCAAAGGUUGAUGCAAGCGAGGAGGUCAAAGACGAAACUCCAGCGCAAUCUGAAGAGGAGGUGAAAGAACCCAGUAAGGAUGGCACCGUAAUCGAGUCCAAGGACCAACCUCAAACCACCGACAAAAAGGAGUAG